GUGGCAUCGGCUUCAAUUGUCAUAGUGCAGUUCCCGCCAACGCUGCGAAAGAGAAAAAAAAUGGCUCCCGUCACGAAGGGUUUGAUCUUGGCUGCGUGCAUUGUUUUAUGCACAGCUCAACCACUAGAGAAGAGAGAGGCGCCGAACCUGCCGGUCUUGAAAGACCAGCCCGCUGAGGUGCUGUUCAGAGCUGACAACUAUUCCACGGCGCUGCUGGAGUGCGCCACUGAGGGGAACGAGAAGGAUGUCAAGUACUCAUGGCACAAAAACGGACAACCCUUCGACUGGGAGAAAGCUGGUCACAUCGCCCAACGUCCCGGAGAAGGCAGUAUCAUGUUCUUCAACCCUCAACCCUUAGACGAGGGCAAAUACCAGUGCUUCGUAGAAACCCCAUCAGGCACGGCCAGCACUCGUAUCAUCAGCUUGAAAAAGGCUUUCAUCAACGCCCCAAAAGUGGAAACAAAAGAGCAUACUCCCACUGAAGGGAAACCUUACAAGCUAGAGUGCCCCAUCCCAGAAUCCUAUCCCAAACCAAAGAUAGUUUGGAAGACGCAACUCAAAUCUGAUCCAUCUAUCGUUGAGGAGUUCUUAAGCCGUAGAAUCACGCUGUCUCCCGAUGGUACCCUCUGGUUUUCUAACAUUACCGAGUCUGACGUCAGUCCCAGCUUCAAAUAUGUGUGUUUUGCCCAAACCCCUGCUUCUGGUGAAGAUGUGGUGUUGGCCGAGCAUUUCCUGAAGAGUAUGGUGCAGGAUAAGACUCCGCAGAAUGGGGAGUUAGUGCCUCAGUAUGUGAGCAACGAUAUGAUGGCCAAAGCUGGUGAUGUUACCAUGAUCUACUGCAUCUAUGGUGGGACUCCCCUCGGCUUCCCAAGCUGGUACAAAGAUGGCAAGGAUGCGGACGGCAAGCCUGGAGACCGAGUCACAGCAUACAACAGGACCAGUGGCAAGAGGCUGCUCAUCAAGGAGACCCUUCUCGAAGACGCUGGUGAAUACGCCUGCAUCGUGGACAAUGGCGUCGGCAAGAAACAGACUCAUAAAAUGAGGUUGACUGUAGUCAGUGCACCAAAACUCUCAAAGAAAGCUGAAAAAGUGGUCACCGUGAAAGAAGGCCAAGAUGUGGCUAUACCUUGCCAAGUGACCGGCUUGCCAGAACCCAAAGUAUCUUUUACAUACAACGCUAAGCCUCUGGGCGACAGAGCCACUUACAAAGAUGGCGUUUUGACCAUUAAAAACGCCAAGAAGGGUGACACUGGUUACUAUGGAUGCAAAGCUGAAAAUGAACAUGGUGAUUUGUAUGCUGAAACCCUAGUCCAUGUCGCUUAGACUGAAAAAAUGUUACUUUAGUUAGUUUUAAGUUUAUUCAUGUGAUUGUAUUUCUAUUGUUGCAUUAAAAACAAAUGAUUUGCAAAUAAA